GCUGGUUGAGGAGCAGAGCAUGUUGAGUGGCUGCGGUUGCCAUGGAGCUGCAGGAUAAGAAGCGGGAGGAGGAAGCUGUGACUCUGGGCCUGUCCACUGGCCAGGCUCUGGUGAAGCUGCGGGACCAGCUCAACGGCCUGCUGGAGCAGCACCAAAGGCCCGCACGCAGACGAGCCUCUGCACAGGAACAGUGGGUGAAAAGCUUCCUUUACCAUGGCAACCGUCACUCCUGUCUCCAUUGGCCGGCAGCUGCCCUCAGUCUUCUGGUGGUGCUGGGACUCCUCUGUUGCUACGGCAGCCAGCCGAAGGGCAGCUCUGGUAUAGAGCUGGUGAACGCUGCAGCCCUCCUUCUUCUCUUCGUGCUGAACCUGCUGCUGGUCGGACGCCAGGAGCGGCUGAAGAGGAGCGAGAUGGUCCGGCGUCUCAACAGCAUCAUCGCACAGCUCAGUGACUACCUGUCCGGGUGCGUGGGUGAAGCGCGGUGGUCUCCGUCUCUAUACCCGGAUCUGUACACACCCUCGUCCACAUCGUGGUCCCUUCACUGGACCUACCGUGACUCCCAGCUGGUUAACCUUCCCGUCAGCCUGCUGGUGGAAGGAGACAUCAUCGCUCUGAGACCUGGCCAAGAAGCAUUUGCUUCCCUCAGAGGCAUUAAGGAUGAUGAGCACAUAGUGUUGGAGCCAGGAGAUUUAUUCCCCCCAUUCUCCCCUCCUCCUUCACCCCGGGCCAAUGAGAAGAGAGGACCCCAGAGCCCCCAGCAACACCGUCUCUUCAGAGUGGUACGGACUCCAGUGCUGGACAUAGUCAGGAACAGUUUGGAGUUGGCGUUGGCUCGACCAAUCACAGUGCUGGAUAAUGAGAGGUUCACAGUGCAGUUGGUUAUCACCAAGUUAGUCUGCCCAGUCGUUCUGGCGGCAUUCCUGCUAGUGAACACUGUUCGCUAUUUCUGUGAUGCACCCAGUCUCACCCCUCCCUGCUUCAAUUUCUUUCAACUUCAGUUGAUGGGUGUUCUGCCCAUCUUGCCCUUGCUCUUCCCUGUCAUGUGGGUGCUGUUGAAUGCCUUCGGAGAGGCCAGAGUCCUCGCCGAGUUCAGCCGCGCAUCCCCAGCUGGUCUGCUUGCUAAGUUCUCUGAGGAUACUCUAAGCAGCUACACCGAAGUGGUUUCCUCCCAGGAGUUGCUGCGUUGUGUGUGGCGACACCUGGUUGGCGUCCUGAAGGGAGAGUCUCAGACACUCUGUUAUACUUCCAGCCUUUUACACACUCUGGGAUCUGUCACUGUGCUGUGUUGUGUGGACAAGCAGGGCAUCCUGUCGUGGCCUAACCCCAGCCCAGAGACCGUGCUGUUCUUCAGCGGACGGGUGGAGCCGCCUCACAACAGCCAGGACGAUCUCAGAGACGACCUGUCUGUCAGCUCCUACUGCCGAAUGGAGACGGAUGAUGACAGGGAUGAGGCCCAGGAGGCGGAGGCUCUGCUCUGUCUGCCAGCAGAGCCCUCCACCCAGUUGGGGGAGGGCCCCGAGCCCAGCGAGACGUCACACGACACCGCCCGCUCCACCGACACAUCCCGGUUGCGUCGUGCCUGCCAGCCUGUGCACACUCGCACGAAACACCACUCGGGAUCCAACGUGAGCUUCAGUCACGACACCGAGGGAGGCGAGGACGACCAGGCCCAGGACUAUGGGAUGGGAUGCCCGGAUGCUGAGGCGGACGACUUUGUGUGUGACUAUCACCUGGAGAUGCUGAGCCUGUCGCAGGACCAGCAGAACCCAGCCAGCAUCCAGUUCGACGACCUCUCCUGGCAGUGCCACCUGCCGUCGCUCAAGCCGCUGGGCCUCAACAUCAUGCUGAACCUCUGCAACGCCAGCGUCACCCAGCAGCUCUGCCGCUUCUCAGACCACCUGUCCAACCUGGCCCUGCAGGAGAGCCACGGCACCGUGCUGCCCGUCUACGUCCCCUGGGGGCUCUGCGAGCUCUCCAGGCUCAUAGGGUUCACUCCUGGUGCGAGGGAGCUGUUUAAACAGGAGAACCACUUGGCUCUGUACCAGCUGCCAUCAGGAGAGAAGACCAAGGAGUUCACAUCCCGCCACCUUCAUUACUUCACCAAACGGCAGCCUCCUAUCUCCCAUCUUAUCUCCCUGUUUGUACGAGACUCUUCCUCCAAUAACGUCCAGAUGCUGUCCCAUGGCUCAGCCGACCUCAUCCUGGAGUCCUGCACCGACUUCUGGGAUGGAACCGAUAUCUACCCCCUCUCAGGCUCAGAUAGAAAGAAGGUUCUGGACUUCUACCAGCGUGCCUGUCUGUCCGGUUACUGCUCUGCGUUUGCCUACAAACCCAUGCAGGUCUCCCUCUCCAGCCAACUGGAUGGGAAGUGCGUGGAGCUGGCCCCCGGUCCCUGCCUCUUCUCCGGGGUGGAGCUGCCCUCCACCACCCCCAUCAAACACAACUCCUGCAGGAACAGCUGGAGCUCCGAUGAGGGUAUAGGUGAGGGCGUGGAGCGUGAGGACUGCGUCCAGGCCCUCAGUGGGCAGAUCUUCAUGGGCAUGGUAUCGUCUCAGUUCCAGGCGAGGCUGGACACGGUCCGGCUCAUCGAUGCCCUGGUCACCGCGUGUAUCCGCUUUGUUUACUUUUCCAUGGAGGAUGAGCUCCGCAGCAAGGUUUUUGCAGAGAAGAUGGGUUUAGAGACGGGCUGGAACUGUCACAUCUCUCUGACUCCAAACGGAGACAGUCCCUGUGACGGAGCUCCGGCCAGCCCCGGUCAGGGCUCCCUGCAUGAAGACCUGAACCAAGAUUCCCGGGAUGAAGCAGAGGGUCCACUGCUGCCAGAGGAGGAAGGCCACUCUGACCUGGCCAGUUUCCAGCCCACGGACAGCGACGUGCCCAGCUUUCUGGAGGACUGCAACAGGGCCAAGCUACCUCGUGGCAUCCACCAGGUUCGUCCUCAUUUGAAGAACAUCGAUAAUGUGCCUCUUUUGGUGCCACUCUUCACAGACUGCACCCCUGAUACCAUGUGUGAGAUGAUGAAGAUCAUGCAGGAGAACAGGGAGGUUACAUGCUGUCUGGGAAGCUCUGCCAAUUUCCGCAACAGCCGCCUGUUUCUACAGAGUGACCUGAGCAUUGCUCUGGACCCUCUGUACCCCUCUCAAUGUUCGUGGGAGACGUUCGGCUAUGCCACCGGGGGAGGAUUUAGCGACAGAGACGCUGAAGGUCUGUCUCCCCUGAGGCUCUCUGGACAGCUCAACAGCCUGGGCUGCUCCGUCACCUUCCACCAAGGAGAGAGCGUCAGCAUGGUCAAGCUCAUAGAGCAGGCACGACACACGACCUACGGCAUCCGCAAGUGCUUCCUUUUCCUGCUGCAGUGUCAGCUCAGUCUGGUCAUCAUCCAGUUCCUAGCCUGUCUAGCUCAGCUUCCUCCUCCCAUGAACACCACUGACAUCCUUUGGCUGUCCUGCUUCAGCUGCCCACUGCUAAGCGUGUCAUUUUUGGGGAAGCCACCGGACAGUUCAGUCAUGACAGUUGCCACAGGGAAGAACCUAGAUGCAAUCCCAAGGAAGACCCAGAACUACUUCCUCGGCUGUUUCCUGUUGAAGUUCGGCUUGACAGUGUGUGCCUACCUGUUGGCCUUUGGGUUCACCCUGCAGGAAGUCUGCUACAUAAGAGGCAACUCCAGCUUAGCUGACAACACCACUGAUGUAUACAUACUCACAGCCAGCUCUUCAGGCGACGCUCCUAACUGGUUCGAUGAACUGUCAAACGGUCUGCUGCUGACUCAGAAGGUCAUGGCAGGGUUCCUAGUCUUACACACAGUGGUGAUCUCCCUCAGCUACGUCCACCGCUCUCAACCUCUGUGGAGAAAGAGUCCCUUCAGCAAUACCUGGUGGUGUCUCACUGUUCCUGUGGUUCUGCUCAGCCAGGUUGUUCAGGCCACAGUGGAUUACCAGUUAUGGCGCGACCAAGGCAGCCUCCUGCCCUUUAACCUGGGUGACAUACCCCUGCUGGCGUGGCUGCUGGUCUCUCUGUCCCCACUGCUGGUGGUGGUGGUCAACGAAGUGGUGAAGCUUCACGAGAUACGUGUGCGAGUUCGAUAUCAGAAGAGACAGAAGCUGCAGUUUGAAACAAAGCUGGGGAUGAAUUCUCCAUUCUGAUGCGGUCCCUCUGAGGUACCGCAAGUGUUGCUGUUGUGGCAAUACUGGGAAAUAGUUCUGGAAACCAGGGAAGGGCCGGAUGCAAGUAUUGUAGAACCGAACAUUAACACUUCAGCCCAACAGCACUGCAACCAUCAGGUGGAGCAGACAUGAUACGUCACGGUGGGGGCUUUAUGGCGUAAAUGUUCAAGCUCCUGGGUAUGUUCUCUUAAAACUGCGGGCAGGGAAAAAUCCCAAAGCAUUCAUUUCCAUUUGAUAGAAAAGAGCCAAAAAUAGGCAACAAUUUAUUGUCUGGUUUUAGUUAGUUUUAACGGCAUGAGGAAUGUUUUUGAAGAGGUUUAUGCUUUCUCGCUAUCACUUCUGUUCUCCAUCUCUGAGAGACUUUGUGCAUGGUUGCUCUCAUCCCCAGGAAUGCCCAAGGGCCCAAACAAAGAAUGUUUUAGUGAAGUUAAUUUUAAUGUCACCAAAUGAGACACGCACAGUGAAAUGUGUCAUACCAUUAGGCCAGUCCAGCAGUCAUUCAUGGUAAAAACACAUGGGGCGGGAAAAGGAAAGUAAUUCUGAAGUGUUUAAUAUUAAAUAAACAAACGUUUAUUAUGAAAUAGAUAAUCAAAUUAUGUAAGGUAUUUACAAUUUUGAAGUUAUCUAAGUAACUAUUAAGUUCGUUUUUAUGCCACAAUGGACUUUAAAUGUCGGCUAGUCGCAUGCCCCCUGCCUAUUAAGCUAGCAAACUCAACAACGGCUACCAGAUAUAGCUAGUAAAAUCCUGUUAGCUAGAACAAAAAUGUCCAAAUAAUUCUGGGAAAAAAAACUAUGGAGCUGGUGCUUUAAAUAAACACCAGCUAAGCAGGGUUGUGAGCUUUAUUGCUGAGCAUCAAAGAGAAGCGACAGUAUUCAGCUAACUUCAGCUAGUUAAUUCACGGUUACUACUGCCACAUUUUCAAUCUACAGAUGUUCCUCAGAGAAAGACACACAACUCUGUUUAGAACAAAAACACAGACAGUCUUUCUACGUGGUCGCUCAGCCCAACAUGGGCUAACCAACACUGCUAACAUUGCGUUUAUGCUGACCAAUAAGCUAAGCUCACAAGCCCACCUAGCGGGUUAGCCAGCUAGGUCGGUAGCAAGAGCAGCCUUGUUAAGCUGAUUCGUUAAAGCUUAAGAGAUUUUGUUUCUGUUUCUCUUUAUAUACAGCAGCAAACUCUAGCUAGUUUACUCACAAUUACUGUACUUUGACGUUGUUGUUGUUCUAGCUAACAGAAGAUAACAGGAUUUAAAUAUGGUAGCCAUUGUUGAGUUUGCUUGUUUAAGACGAAGGGGUUACGUGGUGGUGAGAGGCAAGUGACACGCUGCUGUCAUAAAAAACAACCAAAAACUUGACAUGAAUAAAGAAUUUGGAAAAAUGCCAUUAUAGAGUAACCAUAGACUUUUGAAUAAGGCCAUUUCUAAAAUGAAAUACAAAUGAUUUCCAAUGAAAUUCUGUUAAUUUUAGAAUAAAAACAACAAUUAUUGGUUUUUUUAAUUAGUAACUUACAAAUUGAUGGUUGAUAUAUCUAUUUUAAACAAUUUAUUCCUAUGAUUAUUUAUUUCAUACUGUCUUUUUUAAUUAAUUUAAUAUUGCACACUUCGGGGCUUCAUAUGUAACAGGGUGUUGGUUCAUUGCUUGGCAUUGACAGAAUAGGGUCUAACACUACCUCUAAGAAAAUGUGAUAAAGAAACUUUUCUAAGCCUACUUUCUGAACCAUUCUAUCAUUCAGUCCUUGAGCCACAUUUUAACCUUCACUGUGAUACUAUUAUUUUAUUGUGUUUUGCAACAAACAUUCUUUUGUUGUCUCUAAAUUCCUGAGCAAAGCCGAGCCUGUCGUAACAUGGUAAGGACUGAAGAUUUAGGAUUGAUUUGGAUCAGUCCCAUUUUCUACACACAAAUCUACAUUUAAAUAUAAACUGUAUACACAUGUGUCUAACUGAAGAAUGUGCCAGCAUGCUAUUAUGAACCCAUGCAGCUGGCUGUGCAAUGCUCUUAGCAAGUCCCUCCCUAAAGCGAUGGAUUCACUGAAUAUAUAAUUAUGUUUAUUCUGGAAUGCUAACAUACCAGAGUAUUCUGAAAGGUGCUUUGUAUCAUUCAGUUGCCUUUCUUCUCAGCCUGUCUGGCUGUUUCAGCUCUGAACACUUCGACAGACAGUCUUUCCUGAUCCUCUUCGAGUGUCCCCAUUAAUCAGCUGUGUUCAGGCCAAAUUGUGACAGUUCCUGUAAUAUGCAGCAUCAGCAGCAGACGUCUGUAUCACUGAUGGUCUAUUUCAAUCAGACCAGCCUUCUUAGUGGUGCUGUCAUCAUUUCAGAUGGACAUGGUUUUUGAUAUUGCUACUGUAUACAAGUGGGACGAUGGCAUUAAUUGGUAAUACAUAGUUCAGAACUAAAUACCAUGCUUUUAUGUCCCUCAUAAUAACUCUCUUUGUACAAAUAUCAAGCAAUGGAAGUCUUUCUUGUCAGUGCUGGAUUAACUGCUAGGAGGUGCCGGGGCAAACAUUUGUCAAUUUUUUUCCCGGAAAAUGUAUUAAAUCCCAAUAUUCAUACUGAUAUUGUGAUAUAAAAUUAAAUAUACUGUAAUUUAGGAUUUCUUUUUUUCAUAUUUUAUUUAUGCUGUAAUCAAGUCACAUUUACAAAUUAGGUUCGAUUUUCUACUCCGUUUUUAGAAUCCUUUGGUCUGACAGAAAUAAUUGAUCCUUUGCUAAAUCCCACCCUCAAACGCAAACUGGCCAAUCAGAAUGUAGCAUCUGCCAACUCAGACCAGGAUCGAGACUACUAUCCGGCUGUGCUUCAUGCAUUUGUUUCAGACCUUCAUUUUCAGGCUGGUUUAGUGGUUUUGGAGCUGGUCGUGGUCAGAUGUUGUGUAAUAGUAAUACUCGUUACCCGGAGAGGUUGGAAGAGGCAAUUACGUUUCUUAAAGUGAAGGGUCAGUUGUUUUUAGGAUUUUAUCAAUAUCCCCGUUUAAACCUCUGCUGGCUUUUUUUUUUUUUUUUUCAUGUGUGCCUGUUUUAGUGAAUACAUCGCUACAAAAUGCUCUUUUAAGUUCCAGAUUUUAAGUGGGGGUGUUUGCGCAGAGGUACAAGUAAACAAGUGCAAAAGCAAAUUUUGGUUUUACGGCACUACUCGCGAUCACCGUCUGACUUAACGGUGUAGUCUGCAUGAAACUACUGAAUACAGUUUUAAGACAACCAUUACAAUCCAAGAAAACAUUUCUGGUUUUUAAUCAGCCCUGUUUCAUAAUUUUGUUUUAUGUCAUGACAUACAUAUAGACUAUGCUGCAUGAAUAAGAUCCAGUGAAUGCUCUGUCUUGAUCGAUGUACACAUUAUAUAUAUUUCUACUGUUUUGUUCACAACACAGCCAAGCAUGGACUUCAUACUGCUUGUUACCAAGCCACUGGUACAACCUGCAGAGUUGAUGCUUGGCAUUUCGAUGACAUCAUCGUGCACAUGCUAGGAGCUGAAACCUCUGUCACUUGAUUUGUAGGGUGGGAUGGGAUGGGUGGGGGGGUGAUAGACUAUGAUGUAGUCGUCACAAGAUACAUAAAUGUAUAUUUUGUAUUUUUUAAAUUGUCUAUGUUCAGGACUUUUGACAAAUGUGUUUGUGUAUUGAUUAUGUC